AUGUCGUGGAAUUUCCUGCCAAAAAUCGAAGAGUGUGGACAGCGUCCUUCACCCUCGUGGACCAGUGACUGGACCCGGGGUCCCCUGGGGGUUUUCGUCAGACAUUAUUACAAGUCAAGUCCCCUAAGAAAAUGAACGUACCGUCGGCCUCAGAUUUGUUUGCCAGAUGACUACUUCGAGCUACCGACGUAAAAAUAAGGACUCUCUCUAUAGUGCGUAGUAUACCAGUUUCACGGUUAAAGUAAAAUCACUUUUUGCUUAAGUUUUAACUGUUGCUAAGUUUAUUGUUUGGUUUUGCAUAAUUGGAUCGCGCUGUACAUCAACACACAUAAUUUUUUUUGGUAGCUCUCUACAAUGUUUGCUUAUUCUUUUAUCCUUGUAUGACGCCUUGGCUUUAGUUUUUGCAAUCCAUCGCCCGCGUCAUCAACACACAUAAGCAUACAUGUGCGUACGGUUGGAGGCUUCUCAAGCCAUUUUCACAAAGGAACAAACUCUUGUAGGUCCCGGUAAACGGCUUUUGUCUCUCAAAAUUCCCCCUAUCCCGUACACAAAUUAGAUUUGUAUGCGCGAGCCAACAUUUGCAGAAGGUCAUCACCGUGUCAAUACUUGGCAGGCAUCAAUGUCCCUCUCCGUUCUCUCCCAUUCUCCCACUCGUUCUGUAAGGGACAGUGAAGCCUGCGAACGAGGCUAAACUUUACAAUUUACACUCGAAUUUUUUUUAGUAGCUUGCAAGCUAAUAUCUUCAAGCACAAUACAUUAGAAUACAUUACAAGAAAAAAAUUAUGUCUACACAUAAAAGAAACUAAUAUUUUAAACCUUAUCUAUUUUUUUUAAUUAACCCGCAGAAUGAAUGAAAGAAAGAACUCAGUAGGAAAAAGGUUAAAUAUAAUGAUAUGAAAGUAUAAAGAAUCUGCAUAAACCAGGUAACACCCCGUAUUUCGGUCUUAAAAUCUCCAAAAACACUAGUGCGAAAAAAGUCGAGUCAGGCAGUGCAUUCAACUGCUUAGCUGAAAAGUAAGAAAAGGAGAUAAGACCAUAGGUAGCUAGUUGUUUUAGGUUUACCAAGUGAUAGCUUAGAGAAUGUAGUUGCCUCGAAGAUCACGGAAGAGGAGCGGAGUGAAAACAUAUUUUUCAUAUACGCAGGAAAAUGAGUGAAAAACAAACUCUUAUAUGAUAAUAUAAGGAAAUUCUGAACGCGUUUAUUACACAACCAAGUAUAGUUGACUUUUGUAAGAAGAGUGCUUUAAGUGUUUAACAGGUUGAAACCACCAUUCCAGCUUCUUCGAAGUCAAAGUUAAAAAAGUAAUACAAAACGAAAUCAAACAGACUACAACUGUUGUACCACUGUUCGAUUUUCUAUGUCGAAGUUAAACUGACUCAAAAAUGUUUUGAAUUUUAUUUUUGGUUUAAAAAGCUAGGACUAACGAGGUCUUAACAAAUCCAUAGUUUCUCCUAUUGUUGUUGCUUUUCUAAUUCAAACUAUUCAAACCAAAUCACAUGGCACAUUAGUCAUGGAACACUAGCGGGGUAGUCAAUUUUCUGUCAUUUCACUGUCCAAAAAUAUGGAGCUGCAGCGUUGACCAAAAGACAAAAGGUGUAGAGCAAUAUGCUCUUUUUAAAAAAGUGUAUUAAGCAAAAACUUCUUUCACAGGAGGGCAAUAACGCUAGUGGCAAAGAAUUCUCCAAUGAUCACAUUUUUUUCACGCCUAUAAUGUAUUUUAAAAAUAUCGUUAUUCUAUGAUGUAUGAUACAAUUGUUAAACAAGCAUUCAACAUAAAGUAAGUCCUUUGAAGAGAUUCUACUACUUCAAGCCUUUCUGCUUUUCUGUAGACCCCUCAUCACUUUUGAUUUUAAAAGCUUGCAACUGAGUUUAUUUAUGAUUUAUUUAUGAAGUGAUGAAAGCAAUUAAGAUAAAGUUGAAAUACAUUCGAUCGACCCUCGUGAUUUAUUCAGUUAGUUUUUUUUUGAUACUAUAGAAGACCUCUUGAAUGAAACCAAAAUACAAUGAACCUUUCAUUUUUCUUCUUGUUUUUCCUAUUGCUAACACUUUCACAGACAUAAUACUUAUUAUUUGCAAACUUGUUUUGUGAUCUUUUAUUUCAUGGCACUCCUGGGCUAUGUUGAAGACAGAGUCAUUAUGCCUUUAAACAUUGGUCACGCGGAACUAAUUUUCUAGGUUUCCUAAUCUUUUGUCAUGCAGAUAAAAACACAAUUGUUUGGCAGAAAGUUUUGUGUUCUUGAAUAUUAAUUCUUUGUUAACCCAUCGGCUAAUUCGUUACAGGACUCUUCGGAUUAUUUCGUCGACGGAUGAAAGAGAGCAACUGGUUCAACUUAACCACUAUAGAAACUUGAUUUCCUCCAGCUUGCAUUUUAUAAAACUAGUCAAUUGAUAAUCUUCAGAAUAAAAACUCCUGUAGCACAUUCAUUGGGUUGUUUGAAAGGUUAGCGAGUUUCAAAAAAGACUAUUCAGCAGACAAAACAAAUCUGUGAUCGGUUAAAACCUUGAUUUUUCUUAAAGUCUGCUAAGUUUUUGAAAAGGCGACAAAAUACGAGAAAAAAGAUACAAAAUUCAUUUAAAACUUAAUAUAAAGCUGUGUUACACAAUUAUUUUUAAUUAACUAGAUAAGCGAGGCAUGGCUUUUUCUGGUGUAAAAUAGACUAUUCUUAAUUGGCCUGCGCUUUUUUGGUGAUCAAGAACUUUGCUGUACUAACGAAAAAAAAAACAGGCAGUUAUUCCUGGUGCUUGCAUGAGAAUAAAAUUAUGUUUAUAUAAUGAGUCAAAUAAGAAAUGUUUAGUAUCGAUACAGUCUAGUUUCGCAGUUCCCGCUAGCUGUACUCAGUUUUAACUAUUAAGCAGCAAUUCAAUUUUCAAUUGGUGGUUUACAACCAAUCGACCGGAUAGGCCUUGUUGCAUUCACACAGCAAAGCGUUUAAUUUUUAACUUUAUCUUUCUGACGUAACCAUCAGACAAAAUUGGAAAUACUGUUGACUCCCGAUAACUCGAACCUCGAACUAACUCGAACUUCGCGCUAACUCGAACCAAAGUCGAUUUUCCCUGGAUUUCCUUCAUACAUUUACUUUAAUACUACCCUUCGUAACCAGAACCCUCGAUGACUCGAACCUCCCGCUAACUCGAAGUAAUUUUUGUUUUACUUCAGAUUAUUUCUAUACAAUUUUACCCUCGAUGACGCGAACCAUGUUUUAAGCACGUGACAAAACGGAAAAAAAUAGUGAACCACUGUACAGAAGUCCGAAGCACUGAAUUUAUAUUCCAAAACUUUGUCGUUACUUUUGUUCAAAUUCAGUCAGUCCAUCCCUGUGAAGUGUGUAUGAUGGUUGCAUUCCUCCUCAUCUUUUUGCUUAUUUGCUGACUUCCGGUUAUUUGCUUCGAACUCCCGAUAACUCGAACUUGGUUCGAUUUCCCUAGAAAGUUCGAGUUAUCGGGAGUCGACUGUACUUAGCAGAGAUGGUUCUUGAUAAAUGGCAUUCCCAUCAAAUCACGUGGAAAAUAUUUCUAAGUCUUCCACGUAAUUAUUCUUACUUUCGUUAGAAAAAUCACCGCACUUUUGAUAUUUUUAUCCUUAUUAAUUAACCAUAAAAAGACACACAGGUAGUUACCUUAAUAAGCAUAAAGAUGGCUGGGGGAAUUUUCAAAGACUUACAUAUGUCAAAACAUUCCGGACAUCGAACCUAGGAACUGCACAUUGUGAGUUUUACAAUAGCGCGGCGCCAAAUGUGCUGAAAGUAUGCCAUUCCCUGAGAAAUAAAUAGCAAAUUAUCUUAACGUCGGUAAGAUUGGUUCAUAAAGACAGAAUCUGCCUUUUGACCCACAGUUAUGUCUGACCUCCUAUCGGGCAAUGCUUUAUUAUUUUGUUGUUUAAAACUAAGUCGUUUAGUUUCCCACGGCUAACAAAAUGUUCUCAAUAUCCCACAGUUAAUAACUUAAAAUGUCGUUAAAUAUCCAAGCUUUGAAGCCAAAUAGCUAAGUCCAUAAACCUUCUUCAUAAUUAAUAUAAUUGAGCGGGAUAAAAAACGCACGUGUUUUAGCUUAUUUUUGAAAAGGAUUCCUACCCGGACCAGCACGGCAUUUCUAGAUUAUUACCCUUAUUUUUCAAGAGUAUGUUAAAAUCCUGGAAAAUUCGUCUCCUUUAAUAUAUAGCACUUUCAGCAAAAGUCGCAAAAUUUCGCAAAAAUCUUCUAGAUCUUGUUAAAUCGUAAUCUUUUUACUCCCCAUUCAAACUAGCCACGGAAUAAUUAUUCGGAAAUUAUUUUGUUUUCUUGCAAUAUUUUUCCUAGUCACCUUACAAUCCUUUCAAUAAAAUUUAAUUGCACUUCAUAUCCUGCUAGACGUUAUUACCUUUUUCAAUUGAAUAUCAUAGCCGUCCGGCGCAGGUGGCUUUUUCAAGGCUAAUAUUUAAUAUUUGCUAUUCUCUGCCACAAUGAAAGUUAAAUUCUUUUACUUCCUUUUCUCUUUCUACUGAUGGAGCCGGGUAAUAUUGGCAAAGCUUGAAACCUUCAAUACCGUAUUUCGAUUCCUUGUUGUUUGCAGUUGAUGCCUCUAAAGAGAACGAAAACAUGUUCUUAAUUACGUGUUCGUUUCUGUGUCAAUAGCUUAAAAAAUUAUUAACAAGUCAAAAAUAAACAGAGCAGAAAAACGGAAUUUACGGACUCUCACCGUUCCCGGACCUCUUAAAUCUUAAUUAACUGUGGCAGGUAGUUGGCCUUAGUUAAUUUUUCUUUUCAGGGGAAAAAGAAUGUUGCCAUUCUUUUUCUCCUCUCUGUUUACCCAUUGAGUUAUUUAGCCGCAACUGUUUCGCUUUAUGAUUUUUUUUUUAUCAGCUUUUUGAUUGUUUACCGGUAAAAAAAAAAAAUGUCCAGUCAUUUCUUCUUUCUCCUCUUUCAUACACCCUAGACGAGGCCAUUCAUCUCCUCUUCGCGUCAAUUCUCCUAUCUUGCUGUGGCAUUUGACGCCGCCACUGGGGGCUUGGGAAGAAAAUUAGGCGGGGAAAAAACAACUGCGCCAAAUUACAUGGGUGAGUAUUAACGAAUGCAUAGUGAGAGCUUGGUAAAGUUUAUUUUCACACGUCAUGGGUCGCCCAGGGCAUGUGUCGUUCCUGUUCAGUGAAAAUAACAAUGACAAAGAACGCUUUAUUUUUUCCAUCUACACAUUAGCGCUUUUAUGGGCGAGAUUUAAACAAUAUGGAAUGAACUGUUGCUAUGUUCGGUUGUGGUAGGAUCUGAAUCAACGCCAUUUAAGUGUUUAGGUCAGGGGCUGAAUUAGAAGGUAGAAAUAGAAAUUAAAGUGAUGCAUUUGUAUUCCUGGAAGCGCGAGUUUCCCGGCCCAGAUCCGAUCCGUAGGUUUUGGAACUGUUCAAUUUCCAAUCCGACGUUAUUUCCCAGAUAUGUAAAAGCGUUUUUUAAACCCAGUGCCUGACAUUAUAAAGAAGAAUGAAAUAAAUCGCUUGUUUUAAUUCUAUAGAUUAAAUUCAUUCCUAGCUUUAACAGUUUGAGAGCUUUUAGAUGUUUGUGGUUUUUGAGCUGAUUCAGUUUUAAACAAUAAUUUCGUUUCUAUUUAGCUUACUUAGAAUCGCAAUGUGUUCAAGGUAUUAUGUAACAAUUUAAAGCAUUUUCCAAAACAAUGCGAGUGCGGGAAAUUAUCGUUUAUACCCAUCUUUGAGGUCAGGGAUAUGAUUUGGAAGUUUUGUAAUCUGGGUGUGGUUUAGUUUUCUAUCUCAUUGUUGAGCAAAGUUGCUUUUACUAUCAGAAAUCAAGGGUGACGAGUUGAUUUGUUGAUGCCUUAAAUUAAAUGCACUACAUCAUUUUUCUGCGUUGGAGUAGAAAUCAACUUUAAGUCAUGGUUUGAAUGGUGUUAAAUUUUACAGUGCAUACACUUCCUCUAUUCGUUAAAGGUGGUAAGGGGAAAUCUGUUCAUCGCAAGUUGUGUUUCCGCUGUUAUGAAUAUUCGCUGUACCUCGAAGCAAUCUUAUUGGCUUAGAGUGUUAAUCAGAUAUUGUACCCCCAAGAAUGGAAACACCGAGAUUUCAAAAUUCAUAUUACGUUGUAUUCCGUAAAAAUCUUCAGCGCCUCAAAUUGGUCUCCUCGCGCUAUCAACCAAAAAAGGAAAAAUGUUGCAGAUCAACCAUUUAAUAUCUGUGGUUAAAAUCUAUUGCAAAAUUUAUUAACACCGACCAGGGCGACAAGACAAUGAGCUCGAUAUCAAAACAGAAUAAUGAUAUUACAAUUUGUAACAGGUUAUUAUGCACUUUAAUUACUCACAGUGUAACAGACUUGAACUACAUUGGCUGUGUGGCGUAUAAUUGCUUCCGCGUUUUGAAAAACGCCUUAAUCACGUGCCGAAGAAUAUUCCAUUCCCUGGCUCAUAACGACAAAAUUAUUUCUCCAAAUGACUGAAAGUUGUUUAUAUUGUUGUUUGAAUGAUUACCUUCGAACCUACACGGAAUCCUUUUUGACAUUUCAGAGAAAAAUCGUUUAUCAUUGGCUUUGUCUUCAAACCAUAAAACUAUCCAACUGUAAAAACUGUCGAAAUGCUAGUUUUAUUUUUAUUUCUUUUUAAGGAUGCCGGGGUAAAAAAAGGUGGAGUAAAACUCGACCUGAAGUUUCGUGCCUAAUCAUAUUCCUACACCUCCUACACGUUCUCGAAUGAAUCAUUUUCUUUUUUGUCGUUUAGAUGACAUUUUGUGCAAUAGCAGGUGUACCAUCAUAAAUUUGGUGGACUUUACACCGUCAAAAAACUGGGAGAAUUUUCCGCAUUACAAUGCCUUUUUUGACAAAUCAGGCAUUAAUCUUAAAUCAAGCACUAGAACAUGGGUAAUAAAUUGAAUAAAAAUAAUCAUUUGCUGAAAUCUUUCAAAAGAAGUUCAUAAACUAUUUAUUCUUCCCUAACUUGGUAUGAUCCCUAUGUGUUACGCAGUUUUUUUUUAUGAGACUUUUGCAAUAAAAAUAAUAAAUGUAAUAAUAAUAAUAAUAAUAAUAAUAAUAAGAAUAAGAAUAAGAAUAAGAAUAAUAAAGUAAUACCUCUCUGUGGUUAUUUCUAGCUGGAAUUGUACCAGUAGUAUAUUUGUUAUGGCUUGAAAAUGACCUUAAAGAAGUCAAAAGGUCUUUUUUAUUGUAACGGCCCUUUACACAGUAGACUAGCAAUUUUAAGAUCAGCUAAUUGAAAUCGUUAAAUAGAAAAUUCCACUUACUUAACUGUACGAAUAAAAUAAUGUAUGUUUUACUGAGAAUUUCCACUCGGGUUUUGUUUUUGCGCGGACGGAAGUCUGUAAUUUAUUACUUGUUGCUUCAAGUUUGUCACGAAUCUGUCGAACGUAAUCCAAUUCUUGCUUGAGAUAACCACUAUGGACUAACUAUUUUAUUGUUGACAUCGAAGUAUUUGCAAGUGAUUGUCAUUUUAAUUUACUACUAAUCACUUUUUCGUAAAUACCGCUGUAAUAUUUACAGAUUAAUAUGGCCAACUUAGUUUUGUCUUCAAAAGUUAAAGUUAUAGGCUUUUUGGUUCUCUUCACAUCCAAACCAAACCAAGCAUGCCUUUUUUUUCCAUCCGGGUUUUAUCUGAAUUAAUCUUGCCCUCUUCCCAUAUUCAAAAUGGCAAGCACAUAUGUAUACUCAAGUCCUAGUUAAUAUGUUAUCUUUCACUGUUUCAAGUUUUAACGCAACAAUGGAAAUGUAUCGACUUUAUUUUGAUAAUUAAAAGAAACGAAUGGAAAGAGUAAACUAGAAUUUAGAAAGAAUUAUUUUCAAAUUUGUCCUGAUAUCGGUUGGCGCAAACUUUCUGCGAACAAUUCUAUUUGGUCAACUGGCUUUUUAAGUACUUUUCUAGAAAUUUCUUCCAUUCAAUUCUCGUUCCUUUAAAACGUUUACAGUCCGUUAGCAACAUAAUACCACCAUGUUCCAUUAACAAAGUAACAACGGCUUCGGAUCCAACCAUCUGCCGGUGUUUUACAAUCUUUGAACAAAAUGAUGAUUAUUUGGUCCUUGAAACACGAGACUCUAAACAAAGGCCACACAAAUGAAAUACUCUCGAGAAGGUAAAAACUCAUACAGACAACUCGUAAAACACGUGGGGUUUUAGGAUGCCAUUUUCCCUACUUUCAUCUUGAAAACCCGCUGAUAUGUUUUUUUCGAAAUUGCCUUUGUUACCAACACUCAACACAUAAUUUUUAUCUCUCUUAGAUUAAAAACAAGUCCCUCCAUUCAAUGGACAGUGAUGUCAACGUAUCACAGACCAGUCGAUAUUGUCAAGUUUCUCGGCAAAUUGGUCAUAAUUAUUUUGAUGAAAAGUUUAUUAUUAAAAGUUAAAAUAACCAAAAGAAGCAUGCUAACUUAAUGCCAAAUCCAUUUUUUUUUUCCAUUUUUGACUUUCAGAAUAUUAUAUAUAGUGUCAUGAUUCUUUCUUUCUUUCGUUUUUUUCUUAUGCGAUCCUCCUUUUUUUCCCGCGACUCAUGUAGUCUCGUCUCGUUGCAACAUUUUCCGAGAAUAAAAAGAAUUAAUUAAGCAAUGUCAACACAUCUUGUUUGGAGACGGUGUUUUUUUGACGUUAACUUCUAAAUUAGGGCCAAUUCAGAACUCGCUCCAGGGACACAAUGAUCUCGGAAGACUACAUUAAAUAGCGGUCUAUCCUCAUUGAAGUAGUUCCUUCUACUGUUACAAAACAAUACGUCGAUAUCCUUCAGUUUAUUAUCUUUUAUACAUUGUUUACUCGCGGAGCGUUGUGCUUUUGUUGUCAUUAGAAAACUAAAAAAGAAACAUUCGCUUUCGUUGUCAAGUUGCGUUCGCUCAAACUUGAAUGACAACUCGCCCUUAAACGCAUAAUAUAAAACGCGUCACAUCGAAUGAAAUCAACUCCUUUUGCCUUCGCUGUAACAACAGCGUUCCUUUAACAACAUUAUCCGGAAACAAUUGACGGGAUAUUUUACCAUUUAAUACAAUCUACUAAUUAUACAAAGCUCAUUUUUAACACCUCGGCACCUAAUUUAAUGCAACGAAAUGGCUUAUCGAACAAGAUCUUUUGUGGGACUGGCCAAAACCCACUUAGAAAAGUAUCAUUACAGACUUCAGAAAAUUGACUGAGGCGAUAAAACGUGUUCAAUGAAGAGUUCAUAAUUCUAGACUCCGAAUCAACAUUUGUUUUUUUCUUUCGAGUUCCUUUGUUUUGGUUAUCACCGAUGACGUCAGGACGGAAUGAUGUGAAUUUUCGCGCCAGUAGAGAGGAAACAAUUUUAGCAUUAAAAUAUUUUAUAUUGAAUCGCUUUAUUUCCUCGUAGUUGUUCUCGUUUUAACCUAAGGCCAUGUUUUUUUCUUGUAGAGAGACCUUAUAAAGCACCUUUUUAUUUAGGCACACUUAGAUAUUUCCGCUAGAGAAGUUUAUUUGCGAAGAGCGAGCAGCAAUCGAUUCGUUUCGUACAUCACAUUUUGGCAUAGUUGUUGUUUUUCCAUGAUACUUAAAGAGAUGCAAACAUCUUACAGAGAGAAAGAAACUCGAACCGAAGAAGGACAAUUCAAUAAACUAAGGUUGAGCUUUUCAUGUAUAGAAAACAAUACGCGUCGAGCAAUUCUACAACUGUGUCCGCCGUGCACUCGCGGUAUUUUGAAAAUCACGUUUAGAAUUUCGAAAAUCAAACCGAAUAUGUUCCUGUGUCCUAAAAUAAGUCUUUACACGGUCUCAUUUAACGCCUAACUUACACUUAGUUGUAGUCGGCAGGAUACCUCAAACAAUGGAGAGUGACACAACUUCGCAUCAAAUAAUUGGUUUUGCUUUCUGCCUUCUGAUUGGCUGGUUCUGAGCCUAAAAGUGGCUAUAAGCCGGUCGAAACGUUGGAAACGUGCGCCUACCGAGCUAUUACUAGUCUCGAAAAUCUUUGAUGGUCAGUGAGUCUCCCGAAGGAAAAUCUUAAUCACCAACAGAUGGAAAGUCCAAUCUCGUUCCGGGAAAACCAGUCCCAAAUGACAAGCCAGUUUCAUUACACUUCAGUUGAGCCUCUCGACAAGAACUUGAAGCGAAAGCGGCGCAGGAAAUCCCCAAAUCAGCAGAUAGCGCAAAGACACGCAGCAAAUUUACGCGAGAGGAAACGCAUGCAAAGCAUAAACGAAGCUUUUGAGGGGCUCCGACAUCACAUCCCUACACUGCCUUACGAGAAAAGACUGUCCAAGGUAGAUACUCUACGGCUUGCUAUUGGCUACAUUGGAUUUCUUACGGAAAUGAUCAGUUCCGACAUGAGUCACAGCCAAGCUUUACAGCCUACGUCCUCAGAACAGCCAAGAAAAGUUAUGAUCUGCCACCGCGGUUUCGGUAAGUUUUUUGAGUUUGCUUCCCUUAAAGCGUCAUGUUAGUAGGGGUUUUGGGCGCAUCUGGGCUGUUCUCACAUGUACGGUGCUGUUGGAUAUUGAAUAAAAUGACGUUUUGAAAUUAUUCCUUUGCAUUUUAUAACUUUAAAAAUAGAGGAAAAUCAUGCAUUUUUUUCCAAUUGGGAAAUCCUCAAACAGCAAGCCGAUCUUACUCUCAGAGACUCGCAAACGGCAAUCAACAUUCGCAGACAGUUUUUGAAUUUCAUUUCUUUUAUUUAUAUAUUUCAUGUUUGCUCAUUUCGUUUCCUUUCUCACAGGUAAUCAAGAGUACGGUCUUCCCCCUUUAACAGGACAUUCUCUAUCUUGGACUGAUUCGAAGAAACCUAAACUUCACUCAAGUAUCAUGAAGGCGAAAAUUUGGACCCCCGAAGAUCCAAGAAUCCAUAACAAUACUAUGUUUCCUUCGCCAUUGUGAGGAGAGAAAAUGCUGUUAUAUUAUGCUAUAUCAUCAAGGCAGGAAAAGGGUGUUCUGUAAUUGUAUUUUAACAGAAGUAGAAUUAUUUUUUAAUAACUAGCUUGGAAAUCGACGAGGAGAUAUAUUGUAACAUAUUUUAAUUGAGAAACAAACAGAGUAUUAUCGUACGAAGAAAUCUUGGACAGGGAUUCGUCGCCUCCUCGCUUUUUUUUCCAAAAAAAAAUACGUAACAAAGAAAUCACAUUUGACAAAACCACAGUGGGUUUAUGUAAGACAUUUUUGUAAAUUUUUCUCCAGGCAAAACAUACAGAAUUUGGAUAUUAAAAAUGCAUCGAAAACUUUAUUACUGCUGUGUUAUUGUGAACGAUUUUAAGUUUCUUAAUCUCUUUGAUAAGUAAAUUUAUGGAAAACACAAUUCGUGUUGUGGCUAAACUGUCUUUCUUAGCACUGCAAGUAGAGCUAAACAAAAGAGUGUGCUCUAUAUCUUGGUGAAGGGGAACUCCAUUAGCAUAGCCUGCUUGACUUUUCGUGCCUUUAAAAUUACGCGCAAAUGAAAAAUUAAUGAGCAUGUUUAACACAUUCGGCUGAAAAAAUAGCACCAUGCUCAAAAGCUCAAACUUCAAAAGGUCGAUGCUGGGGCCUUUUUGGAGCAUAAAGCUAGCAGAUAAGCACGUAUCCUCAUUUGUCUUGUUAAUACAACAACGUUAUCAGAUUUCCUAAGGUCUUCUGUUGUAGCAAGUAUCAAUGAUGCUGGGAGGUUUUAUUAGCAACCUCAGACCUUGUGGCACCAUUAGACGAAACAUUGAGGUUUAUUUGUCGUGUAUCCUAAGAGUAAACGUGGAGCAUUGGCACAGAGCGUUUGAUCUUAUCGAUUGAUUUGAGCUUUCCCCACACGUGUAUGCGUGUUUGCACUUUCAUUGCUUCAACCAUGAAACAUUUGUGUAGCAAAUCGUUUAAGCGGCUCACACCCCCCACCCUUAGGUAACCACAACAUGACGUGGUUCUGUUACAUGGUACACAUCAGCAUUCCAAAGUGGGAUGGGCAAAGCAAACGAUCUGGCGUGGUUUGUUAAGCUCCACUACAAUUCAGGUAACAGGUUGAUAACUGCUAUGUUAUAAACAAGCUACCUUCAACAGGUAUUAUAUUUUAUUACCCAGACUAUGCGAGACAAACGAGUUAUUAGUCCAGUGGUGUGAAUAUCAUCCCCAAGACCUGAUACGUGUAUUUGCAUGAUGCCUAAACGUGUUAUAAGCUUUAUCAGGGAGAUAUGAGGCGAUAAUAUUGGUGCACAGAGCUCGUAUCAGGGAAACGGUCAAGUGGUUCUUGUAAGUUCCUGUAACGGCACAAUCCUUUCAACGCAAACUGCCAUCCCGUUGCUGAGUCCGUGGUCGAUAUUUUUCCACAGCUGCGGAAAGAGUAUUGUUAACAGAACAAGAGACAGCUGCGGUGAGCUAUUUCCAAGAGAAGUCCCAUUUAGAAUAAGAAGACAGGUAUUAUGCGAGCACACGUUCGAAGAUUUACACAAUUGGUAGCAACCUGCGAGAAAUGAAUAGUUCUUUUUUUCAUUAAGACACUGCUCGAUAUCUACCCUGUGGAGACGAAAGCUGAUUGGUCAAGACACGACACAUGAGUUUUGUAUAGCCCGCCCUGUAUUAGCAGACCUGAGCCAAGAUCAAUUAUUUGGCCCUUUCACAUCUUUGUUUCAAUUGUCAACGUCUCUCUGCUAAUUCAUCGGUUGCAUGCAAUCUGUUUGUGGCAGAAUUCUCUACUAUUGGGGAUCGGACAUGUAAGGAUAGAUCCAACGGUAUCUUGAAGGUAGCACCCAUGGUUAGCCUCAUUGUCACGCCGAGCAAGCAUGAUCCCAGCGCGAGGAGAACUCUUUCUGACUUGUAUCCUUUAUUAAAGGUGUUACCCACGCCAUGCAGUCAAUACGAUUUUCUUUUGUUUGAAGAGAUUUAAAUAGGAGAAGCAGAUGUUUUUAGGCUUAAAAAUAAACCAUGAAUGAAUAAUCAGUGUAGCUGGACCGACAUGGCGAGUUUGGAGAUUGACGGUUGAGAUUUGCACCUCAAGGAAGACCCCCUUAUUCGAGUAACAACCACCCAUCAAGCCCUGCUUACUAACUGCAGAAAAUAUCUAGUACUUCGUAGAAGAAAUAUAUUUGUUGUGUGAACUAUAUUAAUUAAUGAUGUAAAGGGAAAAGUAUUGUUUUCUGAUAAUGUCAACACAUUUGACCACUGCUUGUAAAAAGCUUUUAGAAGUUGCCAAAAAAACACAACAUAAGAAGCACGUUUAGCGUGGUUAAUUAGCUAAACAGGCAAAUUUUAUCAUUGCCUGAUACAACAAGUCACAAUAAACUUAUUUUACAAAUGGUAUAUUUAGAGGAGAACAAAACUCUCCCAGCCGCCUGGUUACAAAACUCAAAACCACUAAAUCUUUAACAAAAAUGCCGCAAAUUUAUGCAAAAAGGUCAUUUUUUUCAUUUUUUAUUCAAAUUAAGUUGUUAACCAGAGCGCAAGUGAGUAAAAACGCGUGUCUAACUUGUUCAGGCCAGUUUUCUCGUCGCACUUGUAGAACAUUUUUCCCCAAAAGAAGGUAGAUUGCUUUAGAAAAGGAGUUUCGCGAAAACCUAAAGGUUUGCGCAUGCGUUAUAAAUGAGAAACUGAACGAAAUCUCAAAAAAGUGCAAGUGAUAAACACAUAGGCGUGAAAUUUGUGUUAAGACCACCGCUGCGAUGAACGAAUACUAAGUCUGUCAUCCCCCAAACCUUAUUUUCACGCUCUGUCGCAGUGAGUUAAAUCUUUAGGUAGAAGCGAUAUUGCGGCAAACGCGGACAUCAAGGCAUGAAUAUUUAAUUAACUGCUGUAGAUGAGAUACUGUAGUAUCGUUUUAUCUCCGAGCGUCAGAUUGUAGCGAGCGUUGUUGAAAAAGACAGUACACGGUGAAGAUAGUGGGCGGUGGAACAUUUCUAAGUAAUGGAAAACCGGCCUGGUUUCCUCUUUGAUCGAUGAUCGCUUUUCCACUGCUCAAAAUUGCUUCAUUAAACCUGAAAUUUGAGGUUUUGUCAGAUGAAAGACACUUUUCUUACAGGAAAAGUUACCGUUUUUCCGAGAUAUUCACGCCUUUUAUACUUUAAGAAAGACAAAAUCCUUUCACAGAACAGACUAUAAAUCGGUUCUUAAGUUAACCGGAUUUCGCUCGUUUUCGUGAAAAAUGAAGUGAACGUACCGUUCGAGAUUUCCUAUGUUUUGAUUCUAUCAAAUUUUAAAUUUCCAAUGCCUCAGCUUGAAGAUAUUUUACUGAAACACUGUGAAGAAACCUAACAGUACAGGUUAUCGUGGUUGAAGCAAAUUAACACUAAAAUUUAAUCAGUUUUACUAUUUAGUAUCGCUUCAAACUUCAAGGCCACGUGCUGCCUAGCGAACUCUUUUAAAAAGCUGUUGUUUGAAGAUUAAAAUACAUACAAAUUAUUCUAUUAUUUUUAAUUUGGGGCCAAAGGUUACAACUAUUCUAAAACUCAUGAUCUUUUUCCUGACAUUUUUGCGACCAAACUUGAUCAUCUAAGACAAAACUCAACGAGAAGAGCUACCGAAAUUUUUGGACGAAUGAUUUGCGUUGCUUUCGUUCAAGUAUUCUUGUGCCACGCUUACAGUAUUUGUUCUGGUGUUCGAAAAAAUUCUGUGACUUUUCAAAGCGAUGUCUAUUAUUCUGAUCGAGGUAGCAGUGUUGACCGCUUUCUCCAGAUUGGCCUGAAGUGGUACAUAUAGACAUUACUUUAACUCUGCAAUUCGCACUAAAAACAAAACAAAGCCUUAUUAACAAAUGACAUCUCCAGCGGAGGUAGUGAUAUUACGUUCUAUUCUGAGCGGAUGUAAAUUCACUCCAGGCAAUAAUUAAAACCUCGCGAGAAAAUAGCGAAGUAAUUACUGACGUUACAAUCGCGGUAUCAGUAUCUCUGAUAAGAAAGUGUAAAAGAGUGACUUCAUUUGAAUAAAACAAUUGCAACGACAGUCGCGAUAACGUAUUUCACUCACAAAACAAAAAAAGAUGUAGUACGUGUUUAAAACCAAAGCUUAGCUUUUAUGUUGGGCAAAAAAUUUUCUGUUGAGAGGAUUUUUUUCCUUAAACCGUGGGCCCGAGAAAUCCUCUCACUAUGUUUAUUUUCCCUAAUGACAAAAUAAUUAACGGUGUCCUAUGUUUCUCAGUCUGGAAAUAAAAAACCAUAAUUCAUGAAAAUAAAGAUCGCAACUCGUCGAAUAAUUAGAAAAUUGAAAAGUUAUGUUUAACUUGGGGAUAAUACGAUCUGCAAUUUUUUUCUUAUAUAUUUCAGCGAAUAUAUUUUGUGUGUCUAUACUUUGUUAGUUUUCUUCAACGAAAAAAUUCAAGCUGAUAUUGGUUUUGAUUCAUUAAGUUUACUCCCGCUGUCUAAAUACAAAAGUGAGGAAAAGUCCGUUGAAAAUGCCGAAUAUGGAGACUUAAUUUGUCAAAGUAAACUAUAG